UUCUCGCCUUGGGUUGAUAAAACUUGAAUUGCCUUAUCAUUAGUGAUAAGAAUAGAAUAACAAAUGAUAACGAUAGUAGGAUUUCGAACUGUUUUCAUUUAUUUAAGUUUAAAGUACCGUACAUCUUUUUAUUAGAUCGUUGUUAUUAUAUAAAAUUGAAAUGAGUUCAUUAAACAAACUUAGUAAUAAUAUUUUUAUAAGAAAUGUAAAAUUAACCCUAAGUCGAAGUGUUUCGAAUGCAGCACCUGAUAUUCGAAUCUAUGAAGUGGGUCCUAGAGAUGGCUUGCAGAAUGAAUCUAAGUUUGUACCUACCGAGAUUAAAGUAGAUCUGAUAAACAAACUUGCUGCUGCUGGAUUACAACAUAUUGAAUCUGCAAGUUUUGUAAGCCCAAAAUUGAAACAAAUGAGUGAUGCAGCUGCAGUAAUGAAGAGUCUCCCAAGAAUGGCUGGAGUCAACUAUCCUGUGCUCAUACCAAACUUGAAAGGAUAUGAUAUAGCUAAACAAUGCAACAUAGAAGAAAUAGCAAUAUUCCCUGCCGCCACAGAGGGUUUCUCGCAGAAGAACCUGGGCUGUUCAGUGGAAGAUGGUCUGAAGAGGUUCCAGCUGGUGACCAAGCAGGCUCUAAAGGACGGGAUCAGGGUGCGAGGAUACAUCUCGUGCAUUCUCGGGUGCCCUUACGACGGACCUGUCAGCCCUAAAACUAUUGCGAAGAUGACAGAGCGACUGUUAUCCAUGGGUUGCUACGAGGUGUCUCUGGGAGACACGAUUGGUGUAGGCACGGCUGGGUCGGUGCGACGACUGAUGCGUGAGGUCCUAACAGUCGCAAAGCCUGAGAAAUUGGCGCUGCACUUCCACGACACAUAUGGACAGGGGCUCUCCAACCUGGUAGCAGGGUUGGAGUUUGGUAUCAAGACUGUGGACUCGUCCAUCUCGGGGCUCGGCGGCUGCCCGUACGCGCGCGGCGCCAGCGGCAACCUCGCCACCGAGGACCUCGUCUACUUCCUUUACGGCCUAGGAGUAAACACCAACAUAGAUCUGGUCAAACUAGUCGCAGCGGGUCGAUAUAUCUCAAACUUCCUCGGCAAACCCACCGAUUCUAAAGUAAAUAGAGCGAUCGGCGAUAGAUUUAGUAAUCACAAAGACAUUGCCAGAAUAGCUGCAUGCGAAGUUUAACUUAUGUACGAGUGCCUUGGACAAACAAAUGUUGAAUAAUGUAAAUACGACUUAUAAAUAUGUAUCAUUUCUAUUAAUAAGAAGUAAGGAAUAAACAGUUUUGUAUUGUUA